AUGAAAGAGCCUGGGACUUCGUCCAUUCAUGCGGGUGCGGGAUCUCUUGACCACGGACAAGGCUCCGCCCGUGUUGUCCAGGUCAUACAUGAGUCAGUUCGGUGGUUUUUUAUUGGAAGCGGCGGCUUUGCCCUUCUUGACACAACUUUGACCGAUUAUCUUGCCAGUUGCCAUCUGGCCAUUGCAGCUACCUGUCUCGAUUACAUACAUAUCCCAGAGCUAGACGAUCUUGUUACUGCCCGACAUGGAUUGGAGAUUAAGAGUUCUGUGUCAUCUUCUGGACUGUCGUCCGCUAUUAAUCAACAUCGAAAGUUUAAUGCUCUGGAGGGAAACAGCCUCCAAUCAAUGCCUGCACUUGGUUCUCUUCAAAUCGUCGAGAGUUGGAUGUUCGUGGGUUUCCCAACAUCUAACCCUCCGUCCGUCGUUGAAUUGCCUCACAAGCACUACAAGACUAUCCGGCAUUACUUGUAUACUCUGUACACGAGCUAUGCUAUCACAUCAUGGAAGCUGUCAACUCAAAAGGCCCCCUAA